AUGAGCCCCCUGCAGAGGGGAGGAACACUCUGUGCUCCCAGGUCAGGAAAACAUGUCCCGUCGGAAACAGACCACUCCUAACAAAGUUCACUCAACUAUUCAGCAGGAGCCAUCGAGAGCAGCAAGUAGGACCACAAGAAAAUAAGGGGACCGAGAGAUACCAGAAACUUGUCAGUGGUGAUGUCUUCACCUUGGGAUGGAAAUUCUUGUCUGUCUUAUGAUGAACACCACGAAAUCGUUGGGACUUCUCUGUCUACCUAGCCUGCUGUGUGUCUGGAGGGCCCAGAAAUGCCGUGCAGUGCCCUGACGAGGAUAAUCGGAGAAAACACCGGCUCCAAGAACGGGGCUACGGGGCUGGGGGACUGCCUUUUGGAUUUGCAUAAAUACGACUGUGCAUAUAUGACUGGACAAAUUCGAUGGGAGGAUGGUGCCUACUUCUUCCUUGCAUGGCCACUCCAUCUUCUCUUCCUUCUUGGACUGACUAGGGUGAGUGACAGCUGCCAAUUUCCUCCCCUUGGCUUGCUUGGUGUCUCCUUUUCCCAGGAUUACUUUCCAGGCUUGGCUUGGCCCUCAUUUCACCUUGCUCUCACAACAUGAUUUUCUGUCCUCACGACAGAAUCACUUUGCUUGGCAAGCAGAGCAACCAGCUAGGAGAUUUUACGGUUACAAAACAGUUUUAAAUAGAAGUUGAUAUGUAAGGAAAUUCAGAAUAAUACUGAAACAAUGAUAAAAAUUGUGGUAGAAUUUAUCACAAAAGUCUUUCUGUGCAUGAUGGCCAGUCCCACAAUUUUAACUGUAGUCAUUCCCCCUGCAGCACAUAAAUGGCUCUUAAGAAUAUAAUUUUGUUUUGCCAUGUGGUGCAUGAAAAACACCUGACAAAGUGCUAACAAACAGAGCAGGAAUAGUGGAAUAUGCUUGUUGAAAAAUAGAAUGUAGUUAGGUUGUCUGUGGGGAGAGACCUUAAUUGAUUCAAUUUGGUCUUUAUUUUCUCCCAGAGUAUGCAGUAUAAAAAUAAAAAAAAAAAUCUAACAAUUCAUCAGUUCUUGCAUUCAUCUGUUACUGUGCUGUCACCCCACCAGUCAUGGACUGCUUGCUGUCUUUGUGCUUGCCAAAAUUUGUUGCAGGUAUUAGCAUGCACUUCUCUCUCCUUGCUGUCCACAAGCUGCUUUGCUUUCUGUUGCUUGUCCUCUGCAGCUGAUGCUUAUUUUAGGACUCUGGAUAAGAGCUUUUGUAGUCUUUUGCAGAUUAAUUCCUGCUUCUGAGCUCUAUUUAUCAUGGCUCCAAUAACCCAUUAAUCCUCUAUUUUCUUCCCUCUCUCUCUAACACACACAUGUUCUGUGCUCUUUGAUGUUCCUUGGAUUCUCCUGUCUAUAACAGUCCCAUUUGAAGGGAAAGUAUCUUGCAAGAAAUAGCACCCAGCAUUCACAACCAAGCAGAAAUGUUACUUGCAUCAGAUCCCUUGAUUCUGAAGGGCUCCAUGGACUGCCAUUGUUAACCGUUUCAAUUGUGUUGUUUUUCAUUUCAGUAACCACUACAGCAGUGUGGACAACCCAGAAUAGCCAUUGGGCAGGUGGAAUAGAUCCACAGUGGUGGAAAGACUUGCAAAUUUCAGGUCCAGGAACACAGAGAAGACCUACAUGAACAGGGACUUUUAAUUUAUGUACAAGGAGGGAAUAAACUGACUCAUCUCUAAGAGACCGUUCUAUUUAGGAAGGAAGGCAGGAGAAUGAUGUAGUCCCUUUGGAUUUUGUUUUUUGGAUUUUGGGGUGGGAGUUGUUUGUUUCUGUGUUUAUUUUCCAGAACACCUGAGAGUUAUCCUGCAUUCAUACAGUUCAAGAAGGGAAGGGCUCAGGGCUGAUACCCUAGCAGUCAUGCCUGCCCAUGAUAUACAGUACCACAGGGCUGUCCCCUAUCUCCACCACUGCUGACUUGGCAUCCCUCUCAUUCACAGCAGUAUGGAGAGGAGAAUGGAAUACAAAGCAGAGGCAUUUGUGUCAUCUCUCUUGUUCUACAUCUCUAGCUGUUUGUAAACAAAUACAGAGAUUUGUUUUGGUGUUUGGUCAGCCUGCAGCCCUGUUUGUAUUUAAUAAAGAAACUUCUGGAGAAGAGUCUGUGAAUUCACUGUUGAGCAUAACAUCCUUUACUUAUGGCAGUGAUCCUAAAGCUGUUGCCUGUCCAACUCCUCUUCCAAGUGAUUGGAAGCAUACCCAAAGUGGGGUGGAGGUGGGGGUGUGUCUGUUCAUGAGCAUGUGUGUGCAGAAACAUCAAAAGUAUAAUCCUGAACCUAUCCAACAUUAAAGCUGUAAAGAUUCAUCAAAGGAGGACUUAGUCUGUCAGUAGAUGAACAGGACACUCGUAAGUUAUUUUGUAUUACUGUAAUACAUAAGAAAUUUUGUACAAGUGGAAGACAGUAUUUUUCCAUGUUUGCCUUUCCCAGUCCCGUGAUGUUUUUUAGAUAGAGGCUGGGGAGGAUGCACAGGACAUGUCCUGCUAACAGCAUGGGUUUGGUUAACAGCUUGCAUUGCUGGCUGUAAGCUGGUUGUUCUCUGCACUGUGCCGAGUCAAUGCUCACGGGGCUCUGGGGAUGUUGCACAAAAGCUGGAGGCACACACAAUUGCUCAGUUACUGUGACUGAUGACAGUGUUCCUUAUGUGAGAAUUUCCUUCUUCUGUCACCUCAGAUAAAGAUCCCAGCUCUUAAACCCUGCAGACUGUCUGCAUGGUUUGUAUAGCUGAGCAGGAACCUGCCCUGCCUUUGGACUCCAGGCUGCUGCUCAGUGGGAGUAUAAUCUGUCUGAAAGGGAAUAGGGGGAGGAAAACAAACAUAUAAUUGCUUCCACGAGCAGCCUCAGUGGCAUUUGGGAAUUCUGUUUUGGAAUUCUGUCAAAGGUAGCAGCACAUCUGCCAUCGUAGUUUUACAUCAGUCCUGUGUUCUGCAGGUUUCCUCAUUUCACCAUGCUUUCUCUUGCAAUGCUUUUUUGGUCUAUGGACUUUUAUCGUGGUGGUUUGUGGUUUUCUGCUUCUUGGAGAGGCACUGGAAUUCUGUGGUGUAUGCUGCUUGUACAGUCUGUAUCUCAGUCCCACCAAUGUGAGCCUGUGGUCCCAAUAUAAAAACAUCACUCCAGGUCAUGAAAACCAUUCAGUGCUGGGAUGGCUUCUGAGGGGGUGUCACAGCAGUCCCUGCUGCUUUCAAUGACAAAUAGACUUGGUGCUCCUCAGCACCUCUGCUCAGGCACAUGGAUUGUGUUCUCAAAUCUCUACAGCACUCUUUCUCACAUUUCUGAAAGAGAAUGAUAAAAGCCUUGAAAUGCUUUUGGAAACCUACAUGGGGACAUUGGGAACUAAAACUCUUCUCCCACAAUCUCAGUGAAACUUGUGAAGGUCUUUGAAAUCUUCCAUAAAUCACAGCUUUUUAAAGCCCUGCCAAAAUUGCAAGGUGAGCUUCAAGGAAGGCAGUGUGAAUGGGAACAUGGAGCAACACUGGCUGGAACAGUUCAGCACGUGGGAAUGUACCUGUCCUUGUAAGAGGACUGGUGCUCUCUCAGGAGUUCAAUUUCCUGGUUAUACUGGUGCCAGCUGUGGCCCUGUACUAAAAGGUAACUUUGUCUUCUGAAAGCUGUGUUUUGAUUUUAUGUGAAAAAUGCACUGCGAUUGGUGCUUUGAAUGGUUCUUAAGCACUUAGAAAUCAGUUGAUAAAUGCAACUCAAAAGCCAGCCUGCUGGGAGCUUCAGCACCUUUCCCAAGCCCCCCAGCUCAUGCACUGGAAAAGGUAAAUCAUGACUACACCUGGAAUAAUGUAAUUUGUUUUCUUUAAUAUGAAAAUUAAUGGUUGCAUUUUAUUGUUAUUCUCUGGAACCAAAACUUCUUUGAGCAGGGAUUGCUGUAAGAAGUUUUCAUUCAGAGCACAAGUAACUACUUUCUUUAAAGGUGUUUGCCAUGUCCUAUUGAGCUGAGGUACUAGUGGUCACUGUUUUCAACUGAACAAAUUGUUUUGCCCUAAGCAUGCAUCUCAGCUCUCUGGGGUUAUUCCCUUAGGUUUCUGUUUUGAGCACAUGAAGUGCCAGUGAGAUUUAUUUUAGCGAGAGCCAUUUCUGGGCAAGGCAGGGUAGUUUACUAUCCAUCAUAUACACAGGAGAACACCAGCUCCAAGCAUAGACGCCUUCUGUAAAGGCAGCUUGUCCUCAUUCCUCCUAGGACAGAAGAAAGUGACAGAGCAUGCCAAGGACAACCCCUGGUUUUCAGAUCACUGUGGAGGGCAGAUGAGGUACCAGGCACUUAGAGAGGUGCUAUUUUUCAGCAAAAUGCCUGCUAUAGCCAGGAAUAAGAGUUAAUAAUUUAGAAGAGCUAUACAGUAAAAUCCCUGAUCUGGGAUACUGUCACAGUCCCCAGGGGCUUCCCCCCACCCUGAGCUGUGCUGUAGGAUAUUGGUGGAUAGCUUGGCAGCAGCAAGAGCCACCUGGCUAUUUAUGGCAGAUAUAUGGAGUCACAGAUAUUUUGUGGCUGGAGUGGGCAUACACAUAGUAUGCGGAUAGCAGCCCAGUGCUGCACAUUGCCACUAGUGAGACUCUUCUACAUCCAGGCACUGGACUCACAUCAGCAGGUGCCAGAGGCUGGUGUGGCAGGGUAGGCAAGCAGAGAAGUGACCUAAGUGCUUUCCAGGAGGUGACUCCAGAGGUUCUGCACAGUGCAGGUGAGCAGUCCCAUGCCUGUUGUAUUUUUGGCAAGCUUUGGUGAUGCGAAGCAGUGGAACAGCACCAGUCUGACUUUUUGUCUUUGUGGCUGCUAGGGGAGCAAGUCUUUGCAGGGCUGGAGGAGCAAGCCCGCCAAGCCAUGAUGAAAAAUAGCUUUCCUGGAACUCUUGGGGACCAAAGGCCAACAAUUCAUCCACUGCAAGACCCUGACUCCAGCAGCAGUGGCAGUGAUGAUGAGGAAACCACUCAGGAUGAAGUUUCUUCCCAUACAUCUGAGGAAGACGGCUCAAUGGUGAAAGUGAAGAAGGAAUUAGAAAAUGCAGAACGACCUGUGGCUGGAACCCCAUUGAUAAGAGAAAACGAGGUGCCUCAGAGUGUAAACGCUGAGCCCAUACUGGGACUGUCACAAUGCCCCCUCUGCCAGCUCGAGUGUGGAAGCAGAGAUCAACUCAUCGCACACGUCUACCAGCACACUGGAGCGGUGGUGAGUGCCAAGAGCUACCUGUGUCCUGUGUGUGGCAGAGCUCUCAGCUCCCCAGGAUCCCUUGGGAGACAUCUCCUGAUCCACUCAGAGGACCAGCUGUCCAACUGUGCAGUUUGUGGAGCACGCUUCACCAGCCACGCCACCUUCAACAGUGAGAAGCUGCCAGAGGUGCUCAGUGCGGAUCGGCUGCCGGCACCACAGAGCCAGGGCCCCUCCAGUGCUGAGGAUAAGGAUGUUGCCUUCUGCACCCCUGUGUAUCCUGCGGGCAUCCUCCUGGUGUGCAACAACUGUGCUGCGUACCGCAAGCUGCUGGAGGCACAGACGCCCGGCAUGCGCAAGUGGGCCCUGCGGCGCCAGAACGAGCCCCUGGAAGUGCGGUUGCAGCGCCUGGAGCGGGAGCGUACGGCCAAGAAGAGCCGGCGGGACAAUGAGACACCCGAGGAGCGCGAAGUGAGGCGCAUGCGGGAUCGGGAAGCCAAACGGCUGCAGCGCAUGCAGGAGACAGAUGAGCAGCGGGCACGGCGGCUGCAGAGGGACCGGGAAGCCAUGCGCCUAAAACGCGCCAACGAGACCCCUGAGAAGCGACAAGCCCGGCUCAUCCGCGAGCGUGAAGCCAAGAGGCUCAAGCGGCGCCUGGAGAAAAUGGAUAUGAUGCUCCGGGCACAGUUUGGCCAGGACUCCUCUGCCAUGGCCGCUCUGGCAGCUGAGAUGAACUUCUUUCAGCUGCCAGUGAGCAACGUGGAGCUGGAGAGCCAGCUGCUGGGCAAAAUGACCUUUGAGGAGCAGAGCAACAAUGCGUUGCACUAAACCAUAGGCAAGAACUGUGCUGCCUUUGUUGCACCUGCCACAUAUGCACUAGCAGGCUUCUGCACUCAGGAGGCUGCUGCGGGUCCCUGCCUCAUCCUCCCUGACAGGUGGUUCUGGUUUUCCUCUGAACCCAGGAGGAGACCAGAGCUGAGAGAUGCCUGCCAAAGCAGCUCUAACGGGAGCAGAUUCUGAGGAUACAGUCUGCUCUGGGGGCCAAGUCACAGCCUGUGACAGAAUGAAAAUAAAUUAAUGUAUUAAUUAACAUUAA